AUGAGUCGAGGCGGUAAACUUGCCCCCGAAGUCAAUCGAGCUUUGUUCGUGAAGAAUCUUAGCUACAACGUUACCCCCGAGGAGUUGUUCGACCUCUUUGGCAAGUUCGGGCCUAUCCGCCAAGUCCGCCAGGGCAUUGCCAACAACACCAAGGGAACGGCGUUCGUCGUCUUCGAAGAUGUCAUGGAUGCGAAGCAAGCCUGCGACAAAUUAAACGGUUUCAACUUCCAGAGCCGCUAUCUCGUCGUUCUAUAUCACCAGCCCGAGAAGAUGAAGUCGAAAGAGGACCUAGAAGCCCGCAAGGAGAAUUUAGAACAGCUGAAACGCCAGCACGGUAUCGAAUAA